CAUGUGACUCUCACUAGCCUAGAAUAACCAAGUACACACAUACACACACACACAAAAGAAGGUAAAAGCAAGUUCUUUUGCUGCGAUGGUGAUUCCCUUUUUGAUCCCUUUGGGUCAGUCAUCACACCAAGAUUUGUUGCAUUUGAUGCUCUUGCGGGCGCAACACAAAUUGUGAUAUAACAACGUAGUUCAGUUUGCUUCACUGCUUUUACAGGUGAUGACGAGCCCGCCAUACCCCACCUCCCGGGUGUCACGUGCCAAACCUCUUUGGUCAUAUUAUGCCAUCGAGUCAAAGGGUCAUUGGAGCCAUGCCGGAGUUUAGCUUGUAAUUGUUGAAUCAGGUCACCACUGCUGACCCACUUACUUUCAGAGGAUAUGAUGAUAACCUUCGCUUUAAGAGUUUUGUUCGUGUCAUCCCACUUUCCUCACCACAAAGCAGCAGUUCGUCAUCGUGCUCGCUGCAACGCACAUUACCACCACCCCACCCUCAUAAAUGAACACCACCAGUCUCCCCCUUGCAUUCCUCCGAGUGAUUGGCCUGCAAGCUCCCAGCGAACCAGUUUCUCAUCUCUCUUGGCAUGGCCAAACCACCCAAGAAUACGCUGUGAUGUUUGUCUUCCAUGUCUCCGCCUUCCUCGUCCUCCUCCACCUCGUCACCUUCCUCCUUACCAAGCUGUUCACCUUCCUCCUUGAAAGAGUUGCCGCUUCAACAGACCAAAGGAAUUCGCAGCUCGUCAGCGAAGAUGAGAUCAAGCCCAUAACAACGUACGACUGCUACUCUGAUGUCGAAGAGUUAGCUGCCAGCAUCUUUGGCAGGGAAGACGGCCUACUGUUUUUCUACAACGAAAGCAUCACUGCUGAUACCCCACUUCUCGAAGAAGCAAAAGACUUCGAUGAGCGACACGCCUUCAAAGUCGACGAAAGGUUUGUCGCAGAAUCCCCUCUGGAAGAGCAUGAAGGUCUCGGGCUCGAGCAUGGCGAUGUUGUGGCGAUCGUCGACCUAAAACCAUCGAAUCAUCCACCUUCAAUCAUAUCUAAUGGGCCUCUAAAAGAUGAAGAUACGGGUGGGGAUGCGCUCCACAGCAAUGAAGAUGAGAAGCAGCAGGAGUUGUCAAAGAAGGAGAAACUCUUCAUCGUCGACCGAACCCAUUCUGUCGACAGCAAAAGGUUGCAGCUGGAGGAGGACACGUUCGGUGGUUCUCUCACAGGUGCAUCGACAUCCAAGAGCUCUAUGGAGUGGAGAAGCUCCACGAUCUUCAGGGACUCGGAGACAGAAUGCCCCUUCUCCUCCUCAUCACGCAGGAGCUCUUCCAACUGGGAAACGUACACCUUGUUCCGCAAGUACGACGAGGAGAUGAUGUUCUUCGAUAGAAUCAGCGCACAAAAGCUGACGGAAACAGAAUUGUUUAGAUCGAUGAAGUUCCAACCAAGGUCAACCUCGCAAAGGAUAGCUCACAUAUUUACAACACACAAGAACAGGGGAAGCAGGGAUCCGUAUCAAGAACUGGAGGGUGCUUAUGUGUCUCAGAUUUGCCUCGCAUGGGAAGCUCUUAACUGGAAUUACACCAACUUCCGGCGAAGGAUUUCCGAGGGAUCAGACAGCGAAAGCUCUUCCUGCACCGCAUGGAUAGCUCAGCAAUUCCAACAGUUCCAGGUCCUCUUGCAGCGAUUCAUAGAAAAUGAGCCUUAUGAGCGCGGUCGGAGGCCCCAAGUCUUCGCUUGGAAGCGGAUUUCUUCUCCAAAGUUGCUCCAAGUUCCUGAGUUCCGAGAUACAGAAGCAGAUGAAGGUAAAGAAGAAAUGAUCUCAUCCACCGAGUUCUUGGCGAUUCUCGAAGAUGCGAUUCGAACCUUCAUGAACUUCCUCAAGGCAGACACGGCGAAUCCUUGCCAAAUGCUCAAAGCUUUCUUCAAGACAAAGCCCAGUUCGGUGGAUCCAAAUCUUCUUCGUCUACUCAAAAGAACUAAUAAGAAAAACAAGACGAGGCUUAAGGAUCUCUCGAAGCGAAGAAGGUGUCUGACGAAGAAGAAGCGAAAAGGAGAAGAGGAUAUGGAGAUAUUGAUGGGUCUAAUAGACAUGAAGAUCGUGUCCAGAGUCCUAAGGAUGCCUGAGAUCAGCCAAGAGCAGCUGCGGUGGUGCGAGGAGAAGAUGAGCAAAGUGAAAGUAUGGGACGGCAAAAUCCAAAGAGAUUCAUCCCCACUUUUCUUCUUCCCUGUUCGCUGACUCCAACGUCGCCAGCGUCGUGUAAUCUGCUUUGCUUUAGGUUGCCUGAUGACUAGAUAAAGCACCUGGAUAUACAUGAGAACAUGCAUCCCACCCUGCCUUUGUCACUGCAAAGACAGAGACAAGUGCCCACAGUUGGACAUGGGUGCAUGCAUGUUGGUGUGACUUGGAGAUCGAGGUUUUGGGAUGCAAUGUCGGGUAGAAAAAGGAGAAAAGUGUAUAGGACUCCUGUGAACAUUGAGUGACAAAACAAAAGUGAUAUAUAUAUUAUAUAUGUAUAUAUAUACAGCGAGAAGAGAGAGAGAGAGAGAGAGAAGCGCACCUUUAGCUUUUGCUUUACGUGGCUACGUUUCUUGGUGGAUAGGGCUCCCACAAAAGAAGCUGGCAGGCAGCAAACAAACACUAAUAACAACAGUGCCUUCUUUCAUGCCAAGUCUAUUUUACAGUGUCAUCUUUGUUUUGGUCAAACCAGGAUUAUGGCACUAAUUAUACUUUAAGAGAUCCAUGGGGACAUCGUGUUCGGCUUGACUAAGUUUAUGUGGUCUUUGUGAGAGGAUAAUAGUUCGACAUAAAUGUGUAGCGAUUAUGUAUAUAAUACUAAGCACACAAGAAAUUUUAGAUCAUAGGGACGUUGAUUGAUCUGAGCAAUGAGGCCAACACUAAUGGACGGUCUUGAUGUAAAGCUGGACCUCCCCCAAAGUGGAGGCUGAAUUGGAGCCACUGAUUUUGGUGGGGCCUAUCUCAGCGGACACCAUGCAAAGGGAAGUAUUUAAGGUUGCAGAGGGUCCACUGCCAGCGGAGAGCCCCGACGGCACGUCACGCGUCUCUUCCUCCGCUUUCGCCUGUCUCGUGCGAGCGUCUUCUUGGUAAAGAUUCGAUCUAGGGUUGGAAUGCACAAAUCAUUCAAGAGGAGUUGCGGUGUCGAGUCGACCGCAGCAGCACCGGCGUGGGCGGUGAUUCGUCGGGAGGUGACUCGUGGAGUUGUCGCCCGGCUCCGAGGGGUUGGCCUCACGCCUUCAACAACCUGCUUUGCUCGGAUCGGUGGCUGCUUCUUCCGGAUGUGGUGGGACUGAACUGGCUUUCGGUGAACCAACAAGUUGAGCCUUCAGAUCGCUUAAAAUACUUUGUUGCAUGGUUCUUACUGUCUGUUGUAACGUCUCUAGAACCGGAGAGCGCAAAUAUUGUACUUUGGUAACCAUCAAUGACCACCAGCAUACAUGUUGCAGCUUGUUGGUAAUGCGUCAUUGCAUUUUGUUCCGUAUAAAUGUUUAUAUGGUAUUUGGCACACAGCUACCAUUUGGAAUGGUGAAGGCCAUGAUCUCUCUGUCCAGAUUGAUGAACAUACAUGGAUUCCAAUCAUAGAACGCAGAUGGAGAACCAACCAUGCAUGCACCGCAAAGGUAAAAUCCUGGCUAUUAUCAUUAAUACAUCUCGUUUGGUUGCCUUGUGUGUCGUGUACCAAAGUUAUUAUGAAAGCCAGCAUAGACCCAUCAGGCUACAAGUUUAGGUAGGUGGCUGUGCCCACAACACCCAAUUUGGCAAGCUUUUCUCGAACGGAAAUCUACUGACUCGAGUGUCCUGUAGCACCCACAACUCUUAAGAGAAACAGCCUUGACAAGUCGUCAUGCUCACAAAAACUAGAAGAAAACAUAUCGGCUUUGGAGAGAGAGAGUCUUUCUUUCUUGCUCUCAUGUGUCUUGAUAACGAUGAGCACAAAUGUAGCUGGGGAGACGCUGGGCACUCCCUGAGACGACAUGACCGAUGUAGUAAUUGCGGACCGGCGGAUGAGUAGGUCGGUGUAGGUAUUGCUGCCAUGGUGGCGGAUUAGAUGGCCGUGUUGGUAUGCUCGGAUAGACCUGUUGGAACCGCAGGCAUGGCGCUCCGAUGUCGCCGCCUCGUUGUCGGAAGCCCCCGAGACUGAGAUCCCUGAAACCAACUAAGACCAAAAUAGCUCCACCUUCUCAUGUGCAUUGCAUGGUAAGGUAAUGGCUUUGACCGUAACACAUACCCGAUCGCACCAACACCAGCACCGGCAAGGCCUUCGUUGCCGAACACGAGCUGGCGAGCACGAGUGAGCGUCUCCGUCUCUCUCUCUAAUAAUGAACACAAAGGAAUUGAAAGUGUCUAAUUCAUUUGUCUAAUGAACAAAGGAAUUGAAAGUGUCCGUCUCCCUUUCCCUCUCCCUCUCCAAUCAACAACGUCACAUCAACUUCUCAAACUCUUUGGGGUGCAACAGCUAGGAAUGUGGUGGUCAGUGGUCUUGCCUUGCCGAUGUCGGUUCAUGUGCCCGCCCAAUGCUUGGGAUUUGCAGAACUUGAGGGAGCAGAACCGGCACUCGUACACCUUUCCAGCUUCUUCCUUCCCUGCACUAUUCUUCUUCUUCUUCUUCUUCUUCUUCUUAAACCCUGCAAUAAUCUUUCGUUCGGAUCAGAGUAUCCAAUUUUCACAUACAUUCUGUAGAAAAUGCCUACUUACGGGUGGUGUCAGCGGAAGCAGCAGUGGUCAUUGAGCUUUCCUCUACCGGUUGUUUGCCAUGUUCUUCCGGCAAGUUGUUGAGGUCUAGCGAGUUACCUUCUGGUCUCCUGAAACCAAAUCAAACCCUGCUUGUUUUGCAUUCUUCUGAAUUGACAUAAGAGUAGAGGAUGAUAUGGAAGAUUACAUGGUAUUAUUGCACUCGGAGGAUGAGAGACUGGACUUCUUCCAGCGAGGAUGGAGGAAAGGUUGCGGUGCGUCGAGAGCAAAAGACUGCAGUUUGCCACUGCACUCCAGGCAAGGCUGUGUUUUAAUGUGAGGAAUAGAGAGAGAGAGAGAGAGAGAUUGAAAGUUCUCUGGCAGUUUCUCACUGCCCGGCCGUCUAUGUCUCUCUCCUCUCUCUCUCCCCACUUUUUCUUAUGCUAUGCUAGGGGCAGAUGAGCCUUGGUUUCCGUGACUGACAGAAAACGAGUGGCUUCGGCCUCGGGGGACCGGUAGCGGUGGCCUCUGUAUGGUUGGGCCGAGGGCAGAGCUGAGAGGGGACGUCGCCUUCGCUCCUCUCUCCCCCCGCCCCGCCUACAAACCCUACUCUAUUGCCCCCUUCACAUUCUGAGCCCUCCUGCAGCUUCAGCAAGUAUUAGGUAACACAGCUAUCCGUGGUCUCUUUUCCCUACCACUGCAUCCUCGAUGGGAGAAUGGAGAGGAUCCAUGGUGGUGGGUGUACCAUGUAAGAUCGGCGUCCUUCGCAGGAAGGGAGUCAUCCCCGGGAAGGUAAUAAGGACACAAGGGCACCUCUUACAAGGUCAUUCUUGGAUGUUUACUUAGGGAGGGUUUGCUAGGCCUAUGGUCUAAGACGGAGCUUGUGUAUGAUAAGGGCCAUCAAAGACUGUACCUUGUCUUUGUGCUGCUCUUCUUGUUGUCAAUUACCGGACUGUCCGUCUUAGAUUGUUUUCUGAAGAGUAGCAUUGCAACCGAGUUUUCUCAUGCAGAAACCAUCUGAAUACUCUGCGCAUGCAAAAUAUGUACAUGUGUCAAUCUACCAAUGUUUAUUAUAAAGUGCAAAGCGAAGAGCUUCAGUUC